AUGGAGGAGGCUCUGCCAAUCGAUCUGACCUACAUCACGGAGCGCAUCAUCACCAUCGUGUGUCCCAAAGAGCGGUCCGAGGACGCCUACCUGCACAACCUGAGCCACAUUGCACACAUGCUGCGCUCAAAGCACGGACACAACUACAUGUUUAUUAAUCUCUCAAACAGAAAUGAUUCUUUGAGCAGAGUGGCACACAAGGUUGUGGACACAGGAUGGACCGACCAACUGGCUCCAAACCUGGAUCAGAUCAUCAAUGUGUGCACGGCCAUGGAGAAGUGGCUGCAGCAGCACCACAAACACGUCCUGGUGCUGCAUUGUCAGGGGGGCAAAGGCAUGAUCGGAGUCUUGUUGGCUUCCUACAUCCAUUUCAGCAACUUGUCGUCCAGUGCAGAGCUUUCCCUCGACCACUUUGCCAUGAGACGAUUCUUUCACAACAAGCUGGCCCCAGUGAUGACCCCCUCCCAGAAAAGGUACGUGUGGAUGCUGGGGAGCAUGUUGAAGGGAGGCCUGAGGAUGUGUCCUAAUCCCUCCUUCCUCCUCUGUGUGGUCCUGAACAGUCUGCCCAACAUGAGACCUGAUGGAGGGUGCAGUCUUUUUGUGCGAGUUUACCAAAGUCUGCAGGUGGUGUGCACAUCUGCUGUUUACCACGUUAACGCAUCUCACACGGACCGGCUUUACUUUGUGCUCCAGCCCGCUCAGCUGCUCAAAGGGGACAUCAUGAUUGUUUGCUAUGACAAAAACUGGCGGUUGUCGAGUCGUCAGAUAGUCUUCCGGCUGCAGUUCCACACAGGCCUGGUGCACGGACACUCACUCACCUUUUUUAAAGCCGACUUGGACUGUGCCAGUGAAGAUUCCCGUUUCCCUGAAAAUGGAAAAGUGGAGUUGUUCUUUUCAGACAGUCCGGAGAAGAUGGCAGGCAGAGAGCUGUGGCACAACGGGCGCUCCGUCACAGUGGACUAUGACACCUUGGACCCUGUGGUCAGACGGGACUCCUACCAGGACAUCCACAGUUUGGGAGCAGCCCAAAUAACACAGAGAUGGACUCCUAGAACCCAUGGGAAGAUUCAUCCAAAGCAGGGUGACUCAUUGAAUGGAAGCCUAUACGCAAAAGUGAGAAAGUCCAUCUCUAAAGAGCGUCUACCCUUCGUUCUGUCGCCCGGCUCUCCCAGCUGCAGUGAGCGCUUCCCCUCUGGAAGCAGUGACUCUGGACUAUCAGUGGCCUCCCAGGGCCCGACCAGGACUCCCCUCGGUGGCGAGGGUGAGAUCGCUGGUGACGAGUCUGGAUUGGGGCAGACCGUAAAUGGGGGCACAUCACCCACGGAGCGAGAGACGGACAUUUUGGAGGAUGUGGAGGAGUCUGCUCUAGAGAGGCCUAGUUCUAGUAGCAUGUGCUCUCUGUCUUCUGAAGAGCGGCCAUUGCAAAGUGAGGAGGACUCCACUCAAUCUUGGGUUCAGCAGCAACGGCAGCAAAUAGAUAACGCUGUAGUGACAAGAGACUUUAAAGUGAAUGGCAAUCACAAAGUUACUGAGGGAGAAGAUGACCAUGCUAGUUCUUCAGCAGCUCCACAUGCACCUGUCAGAGGCUCCAGCAGCAGAGAAGCAGUGCAGAGGGGCUUACAUGAGGACGCUACAGACCACACGCAGUCGCCGUGUCAAGACGAAGAGCUGGCAUCUCUCGCUACAGAUAUCGAUGAAUCCAUUGAGCAGUUAAACCAGCUCAUCCUGGAUUUAGACCCCACGUUUGUCCCUGUCCCGACCAAGUGCUCCCCCCUGUCCCGGUCAGCUUCUCUUCACAGCAACGGCCUGAGCCACAAAGGACUGACACAUCUGACAGGAUGGAAUCAACAGAAGCAGUUCAGUGAUGUGACAGACUACAGUCCUGAAUGGAAAGCCCAAAGUCUAAGGAACUCUCCGCUCUGUAGUCCUCCUUUUGCAAAACAGCAUGGGAAUCUCUGCAAAACUACCAGUGUGGACUAUGCUGGACAAGCCCUCAUCAGUGACCCGGUCCCCCCGACACCGGCCUUCCCUGUGUCCCCGACUACGCCCUAUGUCAAACAUUUCUCAGAGUUUUCCCAGAUUCAGAGCAGUGGACAGUGGGACCAACACAGCUGGACACAAGAUUCCCGGAGUUUCCUGGACAGUAUGAACCAUGGCGGGAGUUCGACAGAAGGAGACGUCACCCCUGCUCCCUGUCAGAGGAUUUUUGGCUCCAUGUACUCAAUGUCCUCCAACAGCCCCCUCCCACACGCAGACAGCCCCACGCCUCCUCCAGCCUGGCACAACCAAAGCCCACGUCCCUCUCAGCCAUCACCUCCUCUGUCUCUCAGCUCGCCCAAAGCCCACAGCUCGCCCCGUAGUGCUCUCAAGUUUCUGAGUGGCAGGCAGACGGACAGCACAGACUUCUCCUCGCUGUUGGGGAAUGGCAGCCUUGAGCACAGCCUGCUGGAGGCCAUGGAGGGCUUGGAGGGACUGGGUCUGAUUGGAGAUGGAAGCCUGCCGCCCAUGCUGCCGGACAAGAGGAGGGUCGGGGAGUUGGGGGACCUGGGAUCACGAUCUUCUUCCUUAAGUGGUUUUUCCAGCCCUCACAGCGGGAGCAGCCUCAGCAUCCCCUUCUCAGCUUCUAUGAGCCCUGACCCACUCAGGGGUCUCGGAGGGGCCCCAUCACCUGGACCUGAAUAUGGUUAUAAGCAAGAUCCUGUCAAAUUUGUUCAGGAUACAUCCAAGUUUUGGUAUAAGCCUGACAUUUCCAGAGACCAAGCUAUUGCUGUGCUAAAGGACAAAGAACCAGGUUCUUUUAUUGUCAGAGACAGUCAUUCCUUCCGUGGGGCAUAUGGCUUGGCUAUGAAGGUGGCUACACCUCCUCCGUCUGUGAUGCAGCAGAGUAAAAAGGUUGGAGACAUGUCCAAUGAGCUCGUCCGACACUUUCUGAUCGAGUGCACGCAGAAAGGAGUCCGUCUCAAAGGAUGUCCAAACGAGCCCUACUUUGGAAGCCUCACAGCUCUUGUAUGCCAGCACUCCAUCACCCCUCUGGCUCUGCCAUGCAAACUCAUCCUGCCAGACAGAGACCCAAUGGAAGAUCUGAAUGAUUCAACUCCACAAACAGCUACAAAUUCAGCAGCGGAACUUCUUAAGCAAGGAGCAGCAUGUAAUGUGUGGUUCCUGGGCUCAGUAGAGCUGGAAUCCUUAACCGGUCUUCAGGCAGUUCAGAAGGCCACAACUGUGACUUUGGCCAAGGAUCCUUCUCCUCCCUCCACUGUGGUGCACUUUAAAGUGUCAGCUCAAGGAAUCACGCUCACAGACAACCAGAGGAAGUUGUUCUUCAGGAGACAUUAUGCUGUUAAUACAGUCAUUUUCUGCUCGCUGGAUCCACAGGGAAGAAAAUGGAAGAAACGAGACAAUGGAUCUACAGCAAAGAUUUUUGGAUUUGUAGCCAGAAAGUCCCAGAGUGAGACAGAAAACAUGUGCCACCUGUUUGCUGAGCAUGACCCCGAGCAGCCGGCGAGCGCCAUUGUCAACUUUGUUUCAAAAGUCAUGAUUGGGUCACACAAAAAGUAA